GGACGGGGGCGGAAAUAAGGGAGAGGGCCUCCCUAUCGAAAGGAAACAUCCCCCCUGCCCAUUUGUCAAAACGAAGUUUCUGAUGCUGGGCCGCCAUUGCGUACACAAAUAAGAGCUUGCAGGAAAGGACUGGCUCGGCAAUUGCCGAGCCUGAGCAGAGAGGUUUUGACAUAGGCGCCUAGUGGCGUGCCAGAUGUCUCUACCGUAGGCCCAACAGCAUCACAAAGCGCCUGCGUGAUCAUGUGGCGCAGCAUGUGGAGCUGCCUUGUGUGCGGCCACAAUCAAAUCAGCAGUGCAAAUGUUCUGAGGAGUACCGUUUUGAUAUGGGGACGGGGGACUCGUUUUCGCUUACGAUACUCCCAGAGGAUUAACCAACACUCCUACAAGAUGAACCGGCCCCCCCAGCAGGGGAUAAACAGUAAGUACCCACGACCCGCCAGAACAAAUAAGACGGGUCCCCUGUAUUAUUCCAUCUAUCCUCGCGUGAACGACAACGAAGACGAAGGCGGUGAAGACGAAAGGAAUUUCAAUGAGAAGUAGUUCUUUACGUGAAGUAGAUCAGCGCCUGUCACCUGCUGGCUCAGGCGGGGCAAAGAAAAGUAAAACCAAUGAAGUCAUCACAGCUUAUUUCUCAUACGUUUACUUAGUCCUUUCAUAUUCAUAUUAUAGUAUCGAAACUUCAACAACAGCAUUAGAUAGACUACCAAUCCAGGCAAUAAUGCGACUACAAGGUCGAAAAAGGACAUUCUACGGCGAAGACGCCGAACAGAAUACAUUCAUCAGUAUCGAAACUUCAACUCUACAUUCGGAAUUUCAGGAUGAGUCGCAUGAACAUAGAGUAAAAGUAAUGGCGGGAGCUCAAAGAUUCACUGCGGUUAAAGAAUUUAAUAUACAAAAAAAGCACGUACGUGCCUUAUCUAUCAGUCGAAGUAGUUUUGAAGGAAGAAGUAGUUUUGGAGGAAGAAGUAGUUUUGAAGGAAGAAGUAGUUUUGAAGGAAGAAGUAGUUUUGAAGGAAGAAGUAGUUUGACAGCAAUUAUCUUUAAGAACAGCUGCAGUUCCACUUUAUUAAGAUUCCUACAACUCAAAAUGCGCGAGCGCGCUAAGAAAGAUAGAAUCCCAGAUAGAAACCAAAUGCCCUGUAGUGACGAGUUUGAAGGACAAUGCAUGAUGGUGGCGGACAGGUGCGUUUUCUUUCUUCUGUGCAUACCAAAUAUAUGAAGCUAGAAAUGAAGAUGUUGAGCAACAAGAUCUGACUCGUCACCACAUCGAAAGAUACUAAGACUUCCAAAUAUAAUGUUGUAUUUCAUACCAUUUCGAGUUCGAACUUCUAUACCUCGGAGCUUGCCUAUACAACAUUUACUUACAUGGUGGUUCGACGAAGGUGUCCUGUAUCGAGGGGCUGAAACUAGUAGGAGCGCAGCACUUUUUAGCAGUUGAUUUUGGGAAUACAGAAUAAUGGUUGAUGCCUGAAGUUAUCCGGUGGAGGAGGAGAAGCCUCCGAGGAGUGCAGGGAAGAACGAAUGUUGUUCUGUACAAAUCAUAGUGCCUGUAGUUGUUCUAGUUGGUUGAAGUGUAGCACAGCCUUUGUUUAGUUUGUUUUGACAUAAAGGUGCAGUUGCUGUGUCGAAUUCUAGAUCUCGUCCAGUUGUUAGUCUGUAAGUAACAAAGAUUUCCCAAAACCAAACUUCCUUGUCCCG